CUGCAAAACUGCGAGAGGAGCGGUGAUUGAAGGGGAGAGCAGAGCGGCGGCGGCGACGACGGCCAUCUUAGAGCUACCGUGGUAACCGACACUCAUCUUCUGGAUUUUAUUUUUCUUGUUAGAGAAACACUCCGCCUGACUGACGAGGGAAGAAGAAGGUUGUGUUUUACUUCGCCGCGGUUGAACGAAGUCGGGAUGCGGUUCCGAGGGAAUAAACGAUUUGCAUCCGCUGUCGGACUGGUCCUCGGACUAUUAUUUGCGGUGGAGGCAGCUAAAGUCAAUAAGCACAAACCAUGGAUCGAGACGACGUACCACGGGAUCGUAACAGAAAACGAUGACAAAGUGCUUCUGGACCCACCUCUAAUUGCACUGGACAAAGAUGCUCCUCUUCGCUAUGCAGAGAGUUUUGAGGUGACCCUCACUGAAGAAGGUGAGAUUUGCGGCUUCAGGAUCCACGGGCAGAAUGUCCCUUUUGAGGCAGUGGUCCUGGACAAGUCCACUGGUGAGGGGGUCAUCCGAGCCAAGGACAAGCUGGACUGCGAGCUGCAGAAGGAGCACACCUUCACCAUCCAAGCCUACGACUGUGGAGAGGGUCCUGAUGGCGCCAACAUGAAGAAAUCCCACAAGGCCACUGUCCACAUCCAGGUGAACGACAUCAACGAGUAUUCACCAGUGUUCAAGGAGAAAUCCUACAAAGCCACCGUCAUCGAGGGAAAGAAGUACGACAGCAUCCUGAAGGUGGAAGCAGUGGACGCCGACUGCUCUUUCCAGUUUAGCCAAAUCUGCAACUACGAGAUCGUCACCCCUGAUGUGCCCUUCACCAUCGACAAAGACGGCUUCAUCAAGAACACAGAGAAACUGAGCUAUGGCAAAGAGCACAUGUAUAAGCUGACCGUGACCGCCUACGACUGUGGAAAGAACCGUGCCUCCGAGGACGUGCUGGUCAAGAUCAGCGUCAAACCCACCUGCAAACCCAGCUGGCAAGGCUUCAAUAAGAGGAUUGAAUAUGAGCCUGGCACAGGCAGCCUGGCCCUUUUCCCCAGCAUGCACUUGGAGACCUGUGAUGAGCCAAUCACCUCCAUCCGAGCCAGCAUUGAACUGGAAACCAACCAUAUUGGGAAGGGCUGCGACCGUGACACUUACUCUGAGAAGUCGCUGCACAAGCUGUGCGGAGCCAGCUCCGGCACUGUGGAGCUCCUUCCUGCCCCCAGCAGCUCUGCCAACUGGACGGUAGGGCUGCCCACCGAUAAUGGGCACGACAGCGACCAGGUGUUUGAGUUCAAUGGCACCCAGGCCAUUAAGGUCCCUGAUGGCAUGGUGAGCACCAGCCUGAAGGAGCCCUUCACCAUCUCUGUGUGGAUGAGGCAUGGACCUGGGGCCCAUGAGAAGGAGACCAUCCUUUGCAACUCCGACAAGACAGAGAUGAACAGACACCACUACUCGCUCUACGUCCACAACUGCAGACUGAUCCUUCUCCUCCGUCAGGAUCCAUCAGAGGCCGAGAACUACAAACCAGCAGAGUUUCACUGGAAGCUUGACCAGGUUUGUGACAAAGAGUGGCAUCACUACGUGCUGAAUGUGGAGUUCCCCACUGUGUCUUUGUUUGUGGAUGGGACUACCUUUGAGCCCUUCCUGGUUACAGAGGACUACCCACUGCAUGCCUCCAAGAUUGAAACUCAGCUCACUAUUGGUGCCUGCUGGCAAGACAACUCAGGACAUGACAAUGACACUGAGACAGUCUCUGAGCCCACCUCAGGCGGAAACGCUCGAAUGGCUCAGUUUUUCCGGGGUAACCUGGCAGGGCUGAUGAUCCGCUCUGGCAAACUGGAGAACAAGAAGGUGAUCGACUGUUUGUACACAUGCAAGGAGGGCCUGGAUGUGCAGCUGCCUGAGGAGGUAGCUUCAGCUGUCAAGGUGGAGUUCAACCCCAACCAGUCCUCUCUGACUGUGGAGGGCGAUGACAUCGAUGCCUUCGACAAGGUCAUGCAGCACAUCUCCUACCUGAACUCCCGCCAGUUCCCGACCCCCGGCAUCAGGCACCUCCGCAUCUCCACCACCGUGAAAUGUUUCAAUGAGGAGUCCUGCGUCACGGUGCCGGACGCUGAGGGCUAUGUGAUGGUGCUGCAGCCCGAAGAACCCAAGAUCAGCCUGAGCGGCAUCGACCACUUUGCCCGCAGCGCUGCCGAAUUCGAGAGCCAGGAAGGCGUGACGCUGUUCCCCGAGCUGCGCAUCGUGAGCACCAUCACCCGCGAGGUGGAGGCCGAUGCCGAGUCUGAGACUGCAGAGGGAGCUGAUGAUGACCCCACGGUCCAAGAGACAGUGGUGUCAGAGGAGAUCAUGCACAACCUGGACACAUGUGAAGUGACUGUUGUGGGAGACGAGCUGGACGGGGAGCAUGAGAGCCUGGAGGUGGACAUGUCCCAGUUGCAGCAGCACGGACUGGAGAUGAGCUCUUCUAACCUGGGCCUCGUCAUCACCGGUGUGAACACCAUGGCCAACUACGAGCAGGUCCUGCACCUUAUCCGUUACAAGAACUGGCACACCGAGGCUCUCUUUGACAGGAAAUUCAAGCUGGUCUGCUCCGAGCUCAACGGCCGCUACAUCAGCAACGACUUCAAGGUCGAGGUGAAUGUAAUCCACACAGCCAGUCCCGUGGAGCAUGCUAACAAUGCCAUGGUGCAGCCUAAUUUCAUUAACCCCGUCCAUCAUGCCUCUGUGGAUCUGUCUGGUCACAACCUGGUCAACGCUCACCAGGCCUCAGUGGUUCCCAGCGCAGCCACCAUUGUCAUUGUGGUGUGCGUCAGCUUCCUGGUGUUCAUGAUCAUCCUGGGGGUGUUCCGCAUCCGAGCUGCGCACCAGAGAACCAUGAGAGACCAGGAGAACGGCAAGGAGAAUGAGAUGGACUGGGACGACUCAGCUCUCACUAUCACUGUCAACCCCAUGGAGACGUACGAGGACCAGCACAGCAGUGAGGAGGAGGAGGAAGAGGAGGAGGAGAGCGAGGACGGAGAGGAGGAAGAUGACAUCACGAGCGCUGAGUCAGAGAGCAGCGAAGACGAGGAGGGCGGGGAGCCGGAGGACCAGCAGGGGGCCAGCAGACAGCAGCAGCUGGAGUGGGACGACUCCACCCUCACCUACUAAAACGACACGCUUACACACACAUCAACAAACACACAUUGCACUCCACGCAAGCUCUCUCUCUCUUUCUCUCUCACACACACACACACACACAACAACUCACACUUAUUCAGAUCCUCAUACUCACUGCUUCACACCCUCCCCACCCCCACAGUUUCAUGUCCAAGGAGCCAUGAUGUAAAAUAGAAAACACACAUACACAAAAAAAAAAUUACAAAAAAGAAAAACAAAAAUUCCCUUCAGCGUAUAUAUGGUCAAGGUUUUCCUGUUGUUAUCUUAGUGGUGGUACUCAGUGUAGUGUAGUCAUCACCGGAUUGCUGAUUUUUACUGUUUAUUUUUUUAUUUAUUAUAUUUUAAUUCCCAGGAAAACUUGGCCUGCAUUUGUUUUGAACUGUGUGAGGAAGCCAACCCUGCACUUUUUGUUUUCUCUCAGACGUAAGGCGUUCAAAUGGAAAAUAUAUUUUUUUUUCCCCUGAUGUAUAUUCUUGCUUAAUGCUUUUAGGUUUGUCUCACGUAUAGCUUUGACUUGAGUUUUCUUGACUUGUAGUCCACAGUGAAACAAAAUGAUGCUUUUAACAAGUAGACCGCAUUUUCUUUCUUUUUUUUCUUUUAGUGCAUGAGGAUAUUUGACUUAUGUCAUAUGUGUAGAGAAACCAAUUGCUUUUUAAAAAUUUUGUAAAUAUAAAGAAACCAUGUAAUUAGUCGAUGUGUUAGUGAAGGCCUACUCAACAGGGUCCAAUAUCUAAAAUGACGCAGUACGUUAUGUAGAAUAUUUGUGUCACAGAGGCUGUAGCAUGUUGCUAAAUUUCUGCAAAAGCUGUUCCAUCAUGCUUGUACAAAAAAAUGUCUGCUUCAUAAUGAGAAACCCAGGACUGUUAAGCAGAGGUUUCCAUGAUAAAGUGGUGUCUAUUUUGUCUUUACCUUUUUUUUCUUUUCUUUUCUUUUUUUUUUUUUUUUUUGCAAAGAGAAAAAUCUUUUCUUUUGCUCUCUCGUAGGCAGGACUGGUCGAUGGUUUCAGCGUCAUACAUGCUUUGCUUUGCUUGAACAGGUGGCGAUGCUCUACUCCAGGCGUCAACGUGUGCUUCAUUCCCAAUAGAUCUCACUGUUGUACAGAAGGGAUUUUUUCUGUUCGUUCACACUAAUCACACUCGUGAGAAAUUGCUUAUGUACAAAAACCACAUUUGGCGCGGAACGGUACAAACACCAGACCAGCAGGUUCUGCAGUGCUGUUGAUCUUGAAAAAUAUGGGUACUAACAUUUCUGCCAGUGUAUUUGGACAAGUAGGAGAGAUUUCCUCAGCAGCUUUAAAAAGUCUUUCACCCGUAUCCCGGUCCUGCUGUGCUGACAGAAGUAGGGAGGAGGGGGGAAAAAAAAACCCUUCAAACCACUGAAGGAGCAGAUUAAUGACAGACAGAGCUUUAGUGGAGUCUGGAUGAAUGUUGCAGUCGCUGGCAUUGUUUUUGGGGACAGAAGUGAAAUGAAAGUACUUUUCAGGAUUCCUCUGUUGCAACUUUAUUUUCCAUGGCGCGGCUAUUUAACCUGAAAUAAUAAUACAUAUAUUAGAUGCAUUUUUAAACUGGUUUCUUAUCGCAAAAUAAGCACUGUCUUUACUGUAGUUUAUGGCAUUACAACUGAGGGUACGACUGCGUAGUUUACAAUAGGAAAAUAGUUUAAAAAUGAAUCAGAUGAAAUAUUUUUUUGCAGACCACUAGAUUUUAUUGUACAUGGAACUGUACUGUAGAGUUGUUCUAAGAUAUUUGUUUACAUUUGGUAAACUUACUUUCCUUCUGGUAUUAGUAUAAAGCUUAUACAAUUGAUCGGGAAAUGUGUCCAACCUCUUAUCUCCUCUCAGACACUGUUGUAACUAUUUAGUGUUUGUCUCAUGUUUUUUGGGUACCAAGUAAAACAUAAACAUUUCUCAAACUUGCAUUAAUUAAAGCAGAUAUAGAUUUGGGGCAUUGCAGUGAGCAGAAUGCGGCAUUAUCAGGAUUAGAAACGUUGGCGAGUCUCAUAUUUUGCAUGCGGAUCUAUUUUCAGAGGCCAAAAUUCAGUUGAGAAACACAUAAAAGGCUCUGUCACUGGAGACAGUUUCCAGGCUACUUUUGAGGAUUUGAGUCGCGCAGUUGUUGUGUUUGACUUUUAAGUUCAAUUAAUUUAAUAUUUUUAGAAGUCUGCAGUGGAAAUGUAGUGAACAGUCUCCCCCUCCGCGAUGACUCGGACUUGUAAAAAACAAAAAAACCCCACACGAGGUCUGAGCCAGCUGAGAUGGGAGUGCCUUUUGCCUUUUUCGAUCAUAGCGUAUUUAGCAGGUCUAACAAAAAACAAACAAACAAAAAAAAAAAACAACACUCAUCCAUGCUCUUUUAUUUGAGGCAUUUUUAUUUUUAUUUUUUGUAUUUGUUUGCUAGAUUUCUUACAGAGCUGGGGAUUAUGUUUUUCUUUCAGUUUGUUGUAACAAUAGUCCACCGCUAGUUUUAUUAAAAGUGACAAACAUUUCACAUAGAUGUCAUGUGUCCAUGUUGAUGUGUAGAGGAAGUAGAUCCAUAUUGUAUCUUCUAUAGAUAUUGUAUGAAACCAUAUUGUACUAAAUCAUAUUGACGGAAUCCACCUUUAAAAAGAUGUACAUAAUGAAAUUGCUUUGGCAGCGUACAUGGGUAUACUGUUAAUUGACCUAGUUGUGUAUAGUGGAAGGUAAUUUUGAACAGUGUCCUAUUGCCUGAGUUGUUGAGAAAUGAUUUUUGAGGGCAGCAUGAAAAUCACAAGAGUAUAAUAAGCCUGUCGAUUCAGAAAUUCUCACAGUUUCAUUAUGUCAAACACUUAAAUGUCCACAUUUCAUCUACAGUUUUAAAGUACCAUGGGUCACUGAUAUGUGCACACUGACUGCGAGGUCAAGUCUCCACAGUGACCCCGCCAUCUCCAGUUUUUCUGGGUUAUUUGCUUUCUGAUCAGCCCCUUGAGUUAAGUGUACGUUGGUUGAAUUGAAUGUCACUGCCUAACAAACUGAAAUGCAGCCAUACUGUAAUAAACACUAAGAUGUUAAAGGGGAAUUUACUUUGCAUGAACCACAAGUUUGUGUACGUUCCAUGUGGGGGUUGUGAGACUGGAGUGAGAAAGGAGAUGUGAUACACUACUGAUUCUCAUACUGUCCGUUUCACACGUCCACAACACUCCAGAUAUAUAUAUAUAUAUAUUUUGUUUCUUUUCUUUUCAAUUUUUGCUCAAAAUGGAAGGUGACUGUGUUUUUUGAACGGUUGGAUGCUUCCUUUGUGCUUGUUGGAGCUGCUCUCACUUUUCUACCAAUUGAAAGGCAAAUUGUAGUGAAGUUGAUGCUUGCUCGCAAACAAAAUAAAGGAUGAUGAGAUGGGGUAUAA